GGCUUUUUCAACACGGUCGAGGCGCAGAAGCUUCCUUUUCCGGCGAAUCUCUCAAGAUGGCGGACGUCGAGCAGAAGAAGAAGCGUACCUUCAGGAAGUUCACCUACAGAGGUGUGGACCUGGACCAGCUCCUGGACAUGUCCUAUGAGCAGCUCAUGCAGCUGUACUGCGCUCGCCAGAGGAGGAGGUUGAACCGUGGGCUCAGAAGGAAGCAGCAGUCUCUCCUGAAGCGCCUGCGCAAGGCCAAGAAGGAGGCCCCACCAAUGGAGAAGCCUGAGGUGGUGAAGACCCAUCUGAGAGACAUGGUCAUCCUGCCAGAGAUGGUGGGCUCCAUGGUCGGCGUGUACAAUGGCAAGACCUUCAACCAGGUUGAAAUUAAGCCUGAGAUGAUUGGCCACUACCUUGGAGAGUUCUCCAUCACAUACAAGCCUGUUAAGCACGGUCGCCCUGGUAUUGGAGCCACCCACUCCUCUCGCUUCAUUCCUCUGAAGUAGAAAGUGAUUGAUGUAAAUAAAAGUGACUUCCAACAUUUA